AUGCCGUUCUCUUCAAUUUUAAAACAGGCCGUAAUGGUGUUACUAUUACAUAUUUUCUUCAUUUUUUUACUUUGUGCUCCAGCAACUGGUGAACUAACCAUCGGUGAUACAUAUUCACCGAAUGAAGCAUUGCAAUGGGCAGAAGCCGUAGCUACACGGCUUGUAUCUUGCUAUUACAAUGCAUCAUCAGGAAUAUGGUGGAAUGAAUUAGCUUGGCAAUCGGGUAAUACUCUCGAAUCGUUAGCUAAUUUUUUAAGUAUUCGUAACUCAUCUUUGAAAUACGUUUUCAAUCAAACAUAUACAAAAACAGCUUGGGAUGUGGGAGGCGAAUGUUUUGAUGACUAUCAACAUUGGUUACUAGGCUGGAUUCAAGCAUAUUCUGUAGAUCCAAAUAUAAACUAUUUACAUCGUGCAGCAGAUAUCUAUGAUAUAAUUGUAACCAGAGCAUGGAACGCUACAAAAUGUCGAGGGGGCAUCGACUGGUGUCCCAAAAAUUCAUAUAAAAAUGCCAUCACCAAUGAGCUUUUCUUGACAAGUAGCAUGCGCCUACAUCCCUAUGCAACACUACUUCGCAAGCCACCCUCCUACUAUCUCGACUGGGCUCUCAAAGAAUGGCACUGGUUCGAACAGACCACCAUGAUCCA